CUGGUGGCAGUGGCUGGUUGUGCUGAAGGGCGAGUAAUCUACGGACUGGUGCAUCUGGCAUAGUAUCAGUUCUACAUCCACCUCCUCUGCUGAAGGCAUACGGACUGUAAACAGAACAUUUGUUAUUGGAAUAUUUUUUAAUGGACAGCAUUGUUUUCGUGCAUUUUCCCCCAAAGUUCUGGUGAUGCAGCAGACAGUAUUCCAGGAUAUGUAAAGCGCUGGUGUGAUAACAUCGUUCGCAUGUGAUUCUUCAAGAUAGCAUUCUCAACUGGGACAAAACAUGGACUAAUCUUGAUUUAAUAAUGGGAUUUCCUAGACUUUCUUUUGCGCUUGGGCUAUUUUGUAUUUCUUCAGUUUGGGGAUUUGGGGUUGACCCAGCCUUACGCAUCAACGUUUUCAGUGAGCUGUUGCUUGGAGAGACUGCUUUUGAGGGAGUCUCGCAGGUCCAAGGCUUCCAUGACGAGUCCAGAGCUUUCCUUUUCCAAGGAGCUUCCCGUAAUGUAAAAGCAACAGAGGAUGUGGCAGAGCGCAUGCUUCGGAAGUUGAAAAAUAAGACUGAGUUCACCAUUGUGGCCACCCUCAAACAGGAGCGCCUCAACUCCGGAGUCAUCUUGUCCAUCCAUCAUGCUGACCAAAGGUUCUUGGAGCUGGAGAGUAGUGGGCAGAGAAAUGAAGUGCGGCUCCACUUUCGGACGCAGGGCGGGCAGCCUCACACAGAAACCUUCCCCUACACUCUGGCCGAUGACCAGUGGCAUAAAGUAUCGCUGGCGGUCAGCGCCUCUCAUGUCGUCUUACAUGUGGAUUGCAACAGAAUCUACGAGAGAGUGGUGGACGUCCCAUCCAUGGAUAUUCCUGAAGGGACAUCCUUCUGGCUGGGACAAAGAAAUGGUGCACAUGGGUUCUUUAAGGGUACCAUGCAAGAUGUCCAGAUCCUUGUCAUGCCUCAAGGGUACAUCUCCCAGUGCCCAGAUCUGAACCGAACCUGUCCAACAUGCAAUGACUUUCACGGACUUGUGCAGAAAAUCAUGGAACUGCAAGACAUUUUAGCCAAAACAUCAAGCAAGCUGUCCAUGGCCGAGGAGAAGAUGAAUGGGCUGGAUAGCUGCUAUUGUGAGCGGACCUGCAGCGUCAAGGGGGUGAUCUACCGGCAGGACGAGACCUGGACAGAUGGCUGCAGGAACUGCACGUGCACGAAUGGCACAGUGCAGUGUGAAACCAUUUCAUGCCCACCACCAAACUGCCCCUCGGGUACUGCCCCCACCUACGUGAAGGGAGCCUGUUGCAAAGAGUGCCAACCCGUGUGCAUCUUCAGUGGGAGGAAGUUGGUAGAAGGUGAAACCCGCACCAUUCGUGACAACGGCAUGUGCUUGUUACUAGAGUGCCGAGAUCAGACGAUGCGCACGGUGGUGACCCCAAGCUGUCCGGAGCUAAAGUGCCCCGAGGUGGAACAGAUUACCCUCGUAGACAGAUGCUGUAAAAUCUGCAGAGGUUAUGACUUCUGCGUCGAGGACAACCCCUGCAUAGAGAACUCCGACUGUAUGAACCUGGAGGCGGCAGCCCGCUGCAGCUGUAAGGACGGCUUCCGGCCGCUCCGCGACGACAACGCCUACUGCGAAGAUAUCGAUGAGUGUGCUGAGGGGAAGCACUACUGCCGUGAGAACACAAUGUGUGUCAACACUCCCGGAUCCUUCAUGUGCAUCUGCCACACUGGCUACAUCAGGAUCGAUGAUUACUCCUGUACAGAGCAUGAUGAAUGUGCAACUGGUCUCCACAACUGCGACGAGAACGCGCUCUGCUUCAACACUGUGGGAGGGCAUAGCUGCUCCUGCAAACCUGGUUACACUGGCAACGGCACUGUCUGCAGAGCCCUUUGUGACGGCUUGUGUCAAAAUGGAGGAACGUGUGUCUCUCCCAACGCCUGCAUUUGCCAGCAAGGCUUUACCGGAAAAAAGUGUGAAAAAGAUAUUGACGAGUGUUCCACUGGACUGGUGGAGUGCGACAGCCGCGCCUCCUGUGUCAACCUGCCCGGGUGGUACCACUGCGAGUGCCAGGAAGGCUACCAUGACAACGGGAUGUUCUCGGUCAAUGGAGAGUCCUGUGAAGAUGUGGAUGAGUGUAAAACAGGGAGAAACACAUGUGCCAACGACACCGUCUGCUUCAAUCUGGAUGGGGGGUACGACUGCAGAUGCCCCCAUGGACACAACUGUACCGGUGAUUGUAUCCAUGACAACAAGGUCAAGCACAACGGACAGAUCUGGGUGCUGGAGAAUGACAGGUGUUCCGUGUGUUCAUGCCAGAGUGGUCUGGUGAUGUGCCGGCGAAUGGUGUGCGACUGCGAGAACCCCACGGUAGACCUCUUCUGCUGUCCGGAGUGCGACCCACGGCUGAGUAGCCAGUGCCUGCACCAGAACGGCCUGCUGACCUACGGCAGCGGCGACACCUGGAUGGAGAACUGCCAGCAGUGCCAGUGUCUGCAAGGUGAAGUGGACUGCUGGCCUCUCUCCUGUCCUUCAGUGGAUUGUGACUUCACCAUGGUUCCUGAGGGCGAGUGCUGCGCCCGUUGUGUCACCGACCCGUGCCAGGCCGACACCAUCCGCAACGACAUCACCAAGACGUGCACGGACGAACAUGGCAUCACUCGCUUCAGCGGCUCCUCCUGGGUCAAGCAUGGCACCGAAUGCACACUCUGCCAGUGCAAGAAUGGACACAUCUGUUGCUCAGUGGAUCCUAUGUGCCUUUAGUCUCUCUAAGGCACUGAAUUUGCAUUUGUACAGUGUAGUCCAUAUAGAAGAAACUUGCAUUUCACCCCCUGCCUCCCGCCCUCUCCCCGAAACUCUAAAUUAAACCAAAUUUAAAUGUGUAAUAUACCAAAUUGCUGACAAAAGAACCACCUCUACUCAUCGCUGCAGCUGAGGGGGACUCUGUGCAUUGAAGAUCACAAACUCAUCAGAAAACAUAAUUCUGUAAAAUAUUAUAUACAGGCAUGACUGUACUAAGUGUUGAAAAUGUUUGUUCUGGUUUUUAAUUCUUUUAAAAAUUCAAAAGGCUAUAGACAUCCUAGGUAGUGAACUUCAGUGUAGUUCUCAUUUAACACAUAAUGGAGUCUUCUAUAGUAAAUGAUUCUAUAUCACUUUUUUUGCUCUUGGUUUGUUACUUUUUUUCAAAAUUUCAGUUUACUGUACGAUAUGGCUUGUUAUUGUGUAAUGGUGAAAUAAAGUAUUUCCAUUUCCAUUUA